CUUCAUCAAUCGCUUGCAGUUUCCUUCAUUCUUUCUGUGUGCGACUGUGAGAGUGACGAAGCACAAAUCGGCUGCAAUGGACGACCCAAAAGCGCCAACUUCCGCCGCUUCUGAUCCCAAGAAGCCGCCCGGGGCGAACAAGUACGUUCUGCGCUGCACCAUCUUGGCCUCCAUGAACUCAAUCCUCUUGGGCUACGACAUCGGGGUGAUGAGCGGCUCCGUGGUCUUGAUCAAAGAGUACCUCGGAAUCACGUACGUCCAAGUCCAAUUCCUCGUGGGCAUACUCAACGUCUGCUCCCUGAUCGGCUCUCUAGCCUCCGGCAAGACCUCCGACCUCAUCGGGCGGCGCUACACCGUCGUCGUCGCCGCGGCCACCUUCCUGAUCGGCGCCCUGUUGAUGGGCCUUGCCCCGUCGUACCCAUACCUUGUGGCGGGACGGGUCGUGGCCGGCAUUGGGGUGGGGUACUCCCUCAUGAUCGCGCCGCUCUACACGGCCGAGAUUGCCCCGGCCUCGGUGAGGGGGAUGCUCACAUCCCUCCCGGAGUUCUUCAUCGUGGCCGGGAUCUUGCUCGGGUACGUCUGCAAUUACGCCCUCGCUGGCCUUCCCGAGCGGUUCAACUGGAGGCUAAUGCUUGGGAUGGCCGGGGUACCAGCGGUCGGCCUCGGGUCAAGCGUCAUUUUCAUGCCCGAAUCGCCUCGGUGGCUCGUCAUGAAAGGCAGGAUUGAGGAGGCAAAGAGGGUGUUGCUAAAGACUUCAAGGGAUGAGGAAGAGGCUGAAUCAAGACUCCAGGAGAUCAACCAAGCUGCUCUUGAUGAUGCCAAUUUGGCCUCUUCAAAAGGUCGGAGCGGGCAUGCGGUAUGGAGGGAAUUCCUCCAUCCCUCGCCCGCCCUCCGCCGGAUCCUCAUCACCGCGAUCGGGAUGAACUUCUUCAUGCAAGCCUCCGGGAACGACGCCGUGAUCAUUUACACCCCCGAAGUGUUCCGAGCCGCCGGGAUCCACAACAAGAAGAAGCUGUUCGGCAUCAACGUGAUCAUGGGCUGCACCAAGGCCGCCUUCGUGAUGGUCUCCGCCCUGUUCUUGGACCGGUUUGGGAGGCGCCCGCUCCUGCUACUGGGCUCGGUGGGGAUGGCCUGCUCCCUGGCGGCCCUGGGCCUGGGCUCGACAUUCCUCGAGCACGCGGGGAGCAAGCCGGUCUGGGCCAUGGUGGUGAGCAUCGUGGCGGUGUGCGCGGACGUCUCCUUCUUCUCAAUCGGGCUCGGGCCCAUCACCUGGGUGUACUCGUCGGAGGUGUUCCCGCUCCGGCUGCGGGCACAGGGCACGGCCCUGGCGAUCUCAGUGAACCGGCUGAUGAGCGGGGCGGUGUCCAUGUCGUUCCUGAGCGUCAGCAACCGGAUAACGUUCGGGGGCACGUUCUUCGUGCUCUGCGGGGUGAUGGUGGUGGCGAGCCUGUUCUUCUACUGCUUCUUGCCGGAGACGAAGGGCAAGACAUUGGAAGAGAUGGGUGCUCUGUUCGAGGACAAGAGGGAGGAAGGUGAUGAGCCUAAGGCAAAGGAGAUGACACAGUUGUAGUGCAUGUGAAGUAGAAGGUGCUUCUUAAUACGUCUCUUUUCAGAUAAUAUGGGGCUUGCGUGAUGAUAUAUUUAGAUUAAAGUAAUGACAAAUUACAGCACUAAGUUUUAAGUGUGGAGACUGGAACUGUCUCAUAUAUUAAUGAUGUGAAUGGCAAUAAAUAGUAUUUUAUUUCGUGAAACAUUAUG